UCCCCAGCAAGGCACCCGGCAACCUGGACAUUAAAUCCUCACCGUCUCCGAAGUCCGCAGGGCCUGGAGUGCCUGGCCAGGCUCUGGGGCAGGGAGGGCAGCGGGAACCCAAGCAGGCGCCGCCCACAGAGCGUGACCCCACGCAGGGGUCCUGCCGCAGCCCUCCCGGCUCUGUGACGCACGGUGGCGCUGCGGGGGUUGCUGGCGGCCAGGCACCCAGCCAGUGCCCGCCUGGCCGGCCUCGGGACGAUGGCGGCGCUGCGGCUCCUGGCGGCGGCUCUGGGCAGCCGCGUCCCUGCCAGGUGCUCGGGGCCCGCGCGGUCCCUGGGCCGCGCGCGCCGCUUCGCCACCAGUUCCCCUGUGCGCGUCCAGUUCUACUCCGGCCCGGGGGAGGCGCUGAAGGGCGUCUCGGACGGAGCGACCGUCAUGAUCGGGGGCUUCGGGCUCUGCGGGAUCCCUGAGAACCUGAUUGCUGCGCUGCGGGACACGGGCGUGAAGAACCUGACGGUGAUCAGCACCAACGCGGGCGUGGCCGACUUUGGCCUCGGCGUCCUGCUGACCACCAAGCAGGUGCGCCGCGUGGUCUGCUCCUACCUGGGCGAGAGCCCGGUGUGCGAGCAGCAGUACCUGGCCGGCGAGCUGGAGCUGGAGAUGACGCCGCAGGGCACCCUAGCCGAGCGCAUCCGCGCUGGCGGCGCCGGGGUGCCCGCCUUCUACACGCCCACGGGCUACGGCACGUUGGUGCAAGAGGGCGGCGCCCCCAUCGCCUACUACCCAGACGGCCACUUGGCAGUGCUGAGCCAGCCCCGGGAGGUGCGGGAGUUCGGCGGGAAACACUACCUGCUGGAGCACGCCAUCCGCGCCGACUUCGCCCUGGUCAAGGGCUGGAAGGCGGACCGCGCAGGCAACGUGAUCUUCCGCGGGAGCGCCAGGAACUUCAACGUGCCCAUGUGCAAGGCGGCCGACGUCUCGGUGGUGGAGGUGGAAGAAAUCGUGGAUGUGGGCACUUUCGCCCCAGAAGACAUCCACGUGCCCAACAUUUAUGUUGAUCGCGUGAUAAAGGGGGCCAAAUACGAGAAAAGGAUCGAACGUUUAACCACACGGAAUGGGCAAAGAGCGCAAGCCAAGGACGCAGGCGACAUCAGGACUCGGAUCAUCAAGCGGGCGGCUCUGGAAUUUGAGGACGGCAUGUAUGCCAAUCUGGGCAUAGGGAUCCCUCUCUUGGCCAGCAACUACAUCAGCCCCAAGAUGACAGUUCAUCUGCACAGCGAGAACGGGAUUCUGGGCCUGGGCCCGUUUCCCUUAAAAAAGGAGGUGGACGCGGACAUCAUAAAUGCAGGCAAGCAGACAGUCACCGUGAUUCCCGGGGGCUCUUUCUUUGCCAGCGAUGACUCCUUUGCUAUGAUUCGUGGGGGACACAUCCAACUGACCAUGCUGGGAGCCAUGCAGGUUUCCAAAUACGGAGACCUGGCCAACUGGAUGAUACCCGGAAAGAAGGUCAAAGGGAUGGGCGGAGCCAUGGAUCUGGUGUCCAGUACCAAAACCAAGGUGGUGGUCACUAUGGAGCACUGCACGAAGGCAAAUACUCCCAAAAUCUUGGAUAAGUGCACCAUGCCGCUGACUGGGAAACGUUGCGUGGACCGAAUCAUCACCGAGAAGGCAGUGUUCAACGUGCACCCGAACAGAGGGCUGACACUGGUGGAGCUCUGGCAGGACUCCACGGUAGAGGAGGUCAAAGCCAGCACAGGCUGUGCCUUUGCCGUGUCCCCAGACCUUAAACCCAUGCAGCAGGUGGCAACAUGAGCGAGAAGCAGCCUGGGCCACACUGUGCUUCCUGGGCCUCUCCUGGGAUUUGAUGGGAGGGAGUGUUAACCGCAGGGGGCGCUGUCAGGCUCCCAGCCUGGUGUUGCUGUCCUCUCAGCUUUUUACUGCUUAUUUUAGCAGCUUUCUACUGCUAAUUUAAUUAAAAACUAAAGGAGUCA